CCUUCCUCAUCCCCCCCCCAACCCUACCUACAUCUUUAUCCCAAUCGCUUUAUCCCACACCUAUCCAUACACCCAUCGUGCCAAAAAAUGUCCACCAGAAAGCGUAAGCAAGAAGCCGCUGCUGAAGAAGGCGAGGAGGAAGAGGAAUUGCAAGCUCUUCCAUCUGAUGAAUCGGAGGAGGAGGAAGAGUAUGUAGAUUCCGGACCCGAAGAUUCCGGCGCAAAUUGGAGAAGGGCGAUGAGGAUGAGGCGGAAGCUGAUGAUGCUGAGGGGAAGGAAGAUGAACCCAAAGACAAGGAGGGAGAAGGGGCUGAGGCAGAAGCUAAAGCCGAAUCGAAAGCUGAGGCGGAAAAGGCUGAGGACUAGGACUAGGAGGAAGAGAAAUAACCCAGUUUUCCCUACUUCCACUUUCUCCCUAAGAUCAAUUGACGUUCGGGAUAUCAUCAUCGUUCAUAUGUACUUCCACUCCACUAUAUUUUGUUCAUUUUCUCAGAAAAAUAUUUUUGGAAAAGGAAAGGGGAAAACAAAAAAGGCCGAAUCCAACUGAAAAAAGAUAAAUGAAGCGCGCGUUUUUGAUAAUCUUACAUUCUUGUUUGAACUCGAGUAACUUCCAUUCCCUUGCGUUGCGUUGCAUCGGUCCAAUGAGGAUCCAUUUGGGAAUGGAAUGAUUAGUAAUAAGCCAUUUUGUUAUCAUACUAAUUGAUUGUGAUCUC